AUGUUCAUACUAGGGUUGUAAAUUACCCAGGCACAAUAAAUAGGAGUUUACUGUGAUCCACAUAAAUUAUUGUGCGCCAAGUUUACUACCUUCUCUGACAAAGUGCUGGUGAUAUGUACCAGGCUUACUAUGUUACGUGUAGGAAGGAACUGCAGAUACUGGUUUAAACCGAAGAUAGACACAACAAGCUGGAGUAACUCAGCGGGACAGGCAGCAUCUCUGGAGAGAAGGAAUGCAUGACGUUUCAGGUCGAGACCCUUCUUCAGGCUAGUUAGGGAAAAGGGAAAUGAGAGAUAUAGACGAUGAUGUAGAGAGAUAAAGAACAAUGAAUGAUAUAUAUGCAAAAAAAUAACGAUGAUAAAGGAAACAGGCCCUUGUUAGCUGUUUGUAGGGCGAAAACGAAAAGCUGGAGCGACGGGUGGGGGAGAGAUAGAGAGUGAGGGAAUGCCGGGGUUACUUGAAGUCAGUGAAAACAAUAUUUAUACCACUGGGCUGUAAGCUCUGUUAUCCCACAAGAGGUCGGCGCUGACGCUCCGUCAACCUUUCUAUUUGCUUUUGCUCCUCUAGAUAGGCGGAAACAAUAUAAGCAGCAGACAAGAAAAACACACCCACAUAGGGAUAGGCAGCCUCACAGAAAGGCGUGGGACCGGGCAGUUCGGACGGUUUUGUACAGAGAGCUUCAAACUUUGUUUGGGGGACAUUUUCCCUCGUGAUCUUGCUGCUGAGGGCGUGCUGAAGGGUUUGUCUUCCUUUUCCCCCCUCUAAUGUGCAACCCGGAGCUCACGGCGUGAGGCGUUUUCCCGCGACGAGGAUGGAAUGCAAGAGGCUGCUCUGAAUUUAGUCGCCGAGUUUCCUGAAGUUAGUUACCUGGGGAUCUCUCACUCACUCCCGAGGCCGAGACUUGCUCUUGUGCGAAGGGCGAAGGGGCGGGCGGAAGGUGCUUUCCCUUCCUGCAUUUUUGUGUUUGGUUUUUAAAAAACAUUUUUUACCUCCACGCUAAAUCACCAACAAAAUUGCAAGGAUGAGUAGUUUUGAUUCGGACGAGGAACAGAUGGAAAUGGAAGAAUUCCCUGAUGGAGACGAGGAGUUUUGCGUGCAAACUUACACCCCCAACUAUGGAACACUGUCUGGACAAGAGCAUCGCGCAGUUGAACUGGGCCCUUGUAAUAAAGAGUCAACUUUCUUAGUCGGGUCCAAAUAUGGGGUUGAGUUUGACGGGAAUGAAGACUCUGUGUUUUUCGCUGAUGGUCAACGUCGAAUUGACUUUAUAUUGGUUUAUGAAGAGGAGCAGAGGAAACAAGGUGAUCGAAAGAAAAUGCGAUCAAUUCUAAGCAAAAAGAGGAAAAGAGCUCUCUUUCAAGAAAACUUAAAGAAAGCAGGUCUGCAGAUAGAAGCUACAAGAUCAGUUUUAGAUUUCAAGACGAUUUUCCUGAAACUCCAUGCACCCUGGGAAGUCCUCUGUCGUUACGCUGAAGUCCUUCACAUAAAACUACCUCUAUUUAGCAAUGAUUUAAAACAGAAGACCUCCACUUUUAACUGCAUCACCAAGCUUUUUUCAGUGGAUGAAGAGAAAAUUCCACCAGAGGAUGAAUAUUUCACUGCACCAUUUGAGAUGAACCGUAUAAAAAGUUUCCACACUCAAAACCGUGAUGCCUUUUUCACACCAGCAACUCGAAGCAGGAUAGUCAAUUAUAUUUUGAAUCGCAGUGAAUAUAAAAGAGGAAAACCCAGCAAGUUUGGUAUUACUAAACUUCUGGACUCAAAUACAUACAAGGCAGCUUAUACACUCCAUGAUUGUAAAUUCAACCAGAAAUCGUCAGACCCAUUGUGUCCCAAUGAAAGGUUCCUUCUAUACCAGGAGUGGGCUCAUCCCAAGAACUUUUACAAACUGCAGCCUUUGGACCUCAUCAGGAAGUAUUAUGGAGAGAAGAUUGGAAUAUACUUUGCUUGGCUUGGUUUCUACACGGGCAUGUUGGCCAUUGCUGGGUUUACUGGUCUCCUGUGUUUUAUCUUUGGAAUACUAACAAUGGAUUACAAUACUUGGAGUCAGGAAGUAUGUGAUCCUGAGAUUGGAGGUCAACUCAUCAUGUGUCCUCAAUGUGACAGAGAUUGUUUCUACUGGAGACUCAAUAUUACAUGUCAAUCUUCAAGGAAAUUAUCUAUAUUUGACAAUUAUGGAACACUGGCAUAUGCAGUAUUUAUGGCAAUCUGGGUGACUGUCUUUUUGGAAUUCUGGAAGCGUCGUCAGGCGGAAUUGGAGUACGAAUGGGACACUGUGGAAUUAGAACAGGAAGAGCCACGCCGUGCAGAAUAUGAAGCAAAGUGCACAAUACGAAGGAAGAAUCCAAUCACACAGGAAGAGGAGAUGGUGCCCUACUCUGCUUGUGGAAAAUGUAUGAGGAUAUUUUGUGGUGGAACUACAGUCCUUUUCUGGAUUUCACUAAUUAUUGCCUCAGUAGUUGCCAUCAUUGUCUAUCGACUGGCUGUCUUUUUUGAAUUUUCCGUCAACCUCCCUAAGGCAAUGGAUAAUGACCUGGAGCCUCUCAAAGACUAUUUAACUCCUCAGAUGGCCACUACUGUCACAGCUUCUCUCAUUAACUUUGUGUUCAUUAUGAUUUUGAACAUAAUCUAUGAAAGAGUCGCAAUACUGAUUACAGAUUUUGAGCUUCCAAGAACCCAAACGGAUUAUGAAAACAGUUUGACUUUGAAGAUGUUUCUCUUCCAAUUCGUCAACUACUAUUCCUCCUGCUUCUACAUAGCUUUCUUUAAAGGCAAAAUUGUAGGUUAUCCUGGAGAGCCAGUUUAUUGGUUGGGACGAUUCAGGAAUGAAGAGUGCGAUCCUGGUGGCUGCCUUAUAGAACUCUCAACCCAACUGCUCGUAGUGAUGGGAGGAAAAGCGAUAUGGAACAACAUUCAAGAAGUUCUCAUUCCGUGGUUAAAGAAUCUCAUAAGUCGUUGCAAGACUAAAAGCUCAGAGAAUGUGCUCCCCAGAUGGGAACAAGAUUAUCAGCUGCAAUCCAUAUCAAAGUUGGGCUUGUUUUACGAAUACCUUGAAAUGGUGAUUCAGUUUGGAUUUGCGACAAUCUUUGUGGCAUCAUUUCCCCUGGCACCCUUACUGGCACUGAUCAAUAACAUCAUUGAAAUUCGAGUAGAUGCAUGGAAAAUAACUACUCAGUUUCGACGCAUUCUUCCAGCCAAAGCACAAGACAUUGGAACCUGGCUUCCAAUUCUCAAUGGAGUGGCUAUUUUUGCUGCUGUAACAAACGCAUUGAUCAUUGCAUUUACUUCUGAUAUGAUACCGAGGCUUGUUUACUACUGGACGCUAUCAGUGGUACCCUUUGGAGAGCACAGCAGCCCAACGAUGCGUGGUUACACCAAUAGUACCCUCUCUGUUUUCAGAAUCGCUGACUUCAGUAAUAUCAGCAAGCCCAUCAACUUCCCUUCUUGGUUUGACCCUGAAACCCAGACCACUUGCAGGUAUCGUGACCUCAGAUAUCCACCUGGGCAUCCUCUGGAGUAUUACCAUAGCCUUUAUUUCUGGCAUAUAAUGGCUGCCAAGCUCGCAUUUAUUAUUGUUAUGGAGCACGUUGUAUUUGGAGUGAAAUUCCUCGUGUCGUACUGGAUUCCUGAUGUUCCGAAACACAUUAAAGAACAAAUUAAACGCGAGACGUAUUUAACACAGAAGAUUCUGCAUGAAUCUCACCUUUCAGAAUGGCGCAACAAAAUGACAGAUGCAACCAAAAGCUUAAUGAAAGGUUCAGUAAGCCUGAAAGAACACAACAAAGAACUGGACAUAUAAAUAACUGAUAACAGAGCAUAUGGAAUAUGAUCGGUAAUCACUCAAAUCAUGUAUUGCACAAAACUCUUAUCUUUAAUGUAACUUUUUUAUAUGGGGUGGGGGGGUGAAAUUUCCUUAAAUGCUAAUCGGUUUGAUUAUCAAGAGAGGAUAUUUUUAGUUACAAUGUAUAUAAACCUGUGAAUGCCUUAUGUUUUUCUAAUUGUUCCACUGAAUUUUAUCUUGAGUUACAUUUAAACUAUCAAAUUGCUCAAGUUAUGUCAGUAUAAUUCUUAAGGAAGAUUGUUUGUUUUAUUGCACUUCGAGAACAUUUAUAUUUUGAAACUCAUAAUUGGGGAUGCUGUGAACAGAUAAGGAAAAUCUUUACAUAUUUUUUUGAUAAUUUUCAACUGAAAAUUGGGGAAACAAUAAUGCCAUUCCAUGUGUCCCAACUGAUAUGAUAUGAUGUGUCUCAACAUUUCUUUGAAUAUUAAUUUUUGAAAGUGAAGGAACAGUUCCAGGAGAAAACAGAUGGUAUUUAAUGUAGUCUGCACUUUCAUGGCAAUCCUGUAAUAGGUUGCAAGUAUUGAGUGCACGAAGAGAAGGAUAAUUUCAUAUCAUUGAUACACUGACUAAGUUGAUGAUAUCAGUGAUUUCUCCUACAUUGACCAUUUGCUUAUUAAACGUAAUCUGUACAUAGGUCACAACAUGCUGAUAGCAUUUAAGGUGUUUACCGUUCCAUGUGUGCAAUUUGCCUGGGGGAUUGUGGAAACCCCUAAGAGGUUUAAACCUUGCUCUGAGAUGUGCACCUUUACGCACCCUGGAGGCAACAUCUGAUUUCCUGACACCAAGAUUUCAAAAGGUUGCCCCAGUAUCUUCAAACUUGGAUCAGUGUAGUAACCAUCAGAUGGGGGCUUUUAUUGAAACUCUCAGGCACGUUUAUGUCUGGAUAACAGAGCAUAAGAAAUAUGAUCAGGAACGCCUCAAAUCAUGUCAAUCAUUCAAUAAGAACAUGGAUGAAAUAUUGGCUUGGCUUUACUUUUAAAUGAUACCCUCAUUUCCCUUAGUGUCCAACUGUAAUAAUUUGACUAUACUGUGACCAAUAUCCACUAGCUCGUGAAACAGAGAAUUACAAUAUUUUAGAUCCUCUGGGUAAAAUGAUUUCCUCCCCAUUUUUCAAAGUUGUUGGCCCCUUAUUUUGAGUCUAUGCCCCUAAUUGGGGUCUGUAUGGUUGCAAAAUAUAGGCUAUUAUUUUAAUCUAUUCAGGUGGGAUGUGAUUUAAACUUUUAGUGACCAGCAGUGAUAAGACUGACAAAAUAUUAAAGCAGAUCAGUACUCUAGAGGAUAAUACUUUUCAUUCCAAAGAACGCUUGUUAAUAAUUGUUCUUUAUGCCAUUUUUAUUAUAAAGAUAACCUAUGAUGAUGAUUUGUGCAUCAAUCUAUCUAUGUAUCAAUAGACUUUUUAGUUUUUUCUGUUGGUCCUGAUGGUCUGGCUCAAAAGGGAGGUCAGUAUAUGCUUGAGGUGUUUUUUUCAAUUUUUAAAUCAAUUUAACAAUGUCAACUAAGUAAAAAGCCACACUGUCCUUUGUGUGAAAAGGUGAAAAAGAAAGCAAAACAAUAUGAAACCAUUUUUUAUAUUUUUAUAUAUCAUGUCCUGCUUAAAAAGCAGGAGUAAGAUUUGUUCAUUAAAGGAUUGUUUAAAUAGUUUUAAAUCAGCAGAAACUCUAUAGAAUUGGGUGGGUGGGGCACGAACAAGGGGAACGAGAUAUUUCUUUGUUUGCUGGUGGCUAGUUUUGUUUUAUUCAUUUAUGGGGUCUGGUUCUCAUCAACAAAACCAACAUUUAUUGCCCAUCCAUUGUUACCCCUGUGAAGGCAAUGUUGAGCCAUCCUUUUGAAUUUUAAAAGAAUUUCAACUUCAAAAAGAAUUUCAAACAGUAUAUUUUGCAUCAAAGGUACUGUUUGAUUGUGUGCUGGACCCAUCAAUGAUGAAGAAACAAUCAGGAUAGUGAAAUGCUUGGGAAGGGAAUCUGCAUAUAACAAUGAGCCUAUGUACCACCCACCCUUGUUCUCCUAGAUGACAUUGGCCAUGGGUUUUGGAAUUGCUGUCAAAGAUAAAGUGAGAUGCUGUAGAUUGUCUUUUAGACAUUACAUACAGCAGGGGUGAUAUACCAAUAGUGAAAUAAAUAAACAUUUGACAUCUGGAUUGGGUGCUGAUAAAGGAGUUGCAUUGUCUUGCAUGGCGUUGUGCUGCUCGAAUGAUGUUGCAGCUGUACUGAUUUGGACAAAGUGAGAAUGUUCCACCACACUCUUGACUUGUAUCUUGCAAAUGGUGGAAUGGCUUUGAGAAUCAGCCAAUGAGUCACUUGCCAUACAUUACCCAAGCUCUGAACUGUUUUCAGAACCAUAGUAUUUAUAUACCUAAUCCUGUCAACUUUCUGGUCACUGCUGAUUCCCCGGAUGUCACUAUGGGAAUGUAAUUUAAUGUCCAGGAGAAUAGGUUGUCAGGGUACUCUUGAUAGAGGAUCAUUCAUUGUACUGUGAAUAUUAUUUUCCACUCAUCACGUCUGAGCAUUCUCCAGGUUUGUUGUAUGCAGGCACAAACUGCAUCAUUUUCUGAAUAAUAAUAAAUGGAAUAGAAUGCUGUACAAUCUUCACCAAACAUUCCCAAUUCUGAACGUACAGCAGAGUGAAAGCUAUCCACUCUUGACUGUGUGAUAGCCAUUGACAAACCAGCUGAAGAUGAUAAUACAUGGAAUGUUAUAUGGUGGAACAUAUUUAGCUCAAACAUGGAGGUUUUUAUGUAUGACCCAAAUCAGUGGCCUGAGACUUCAUGUCAGAGCACAUACUUAGAAACUACUAACAAAAGGAAUGAUCAGAGCAAUGGUAAUGGAUUUCCUCUGAGACCUUUUAGUUUAACAGAAAGUCCACAGAUGUUUUUUAAGGUUUUUGCAGAUGAUCUGCCAAAAUUAUGCUCAGCACAAAAUCAUAAUCUUUGAUUAAUUGAUUCCAGAACAGAUUUUAGCCAAAAUAAAAAAUGAUUCCAAGGAAAUAUGUGGACUUCCUUUCCAGAUGAUUGGAUACUAUUCAAGGCAAUGGAAAAUUCCAUGUAUUAGUUCCACAAUGCCCAUUUUAUAAAAGGCUGCUAGUCUUCCAUUGCUUGAGGAUAACCAUCUUUAGGGAGUGAGUGUUUAGGAAGGAACUGCAGAUGCCAGUUUACACUGAAGAUAAACGCAUAAUGCUGAAGUAACUCAGCGGAUCAGGCAACAUCACUGGAGAAAGGAAAUGGGUAGUGUUUCAGAUUGAGACCCUUCAGACCGAGAGGCAGACUAGAGGUAUGAAAAGGUACAGAACCAAUUAGAGCCGGCACCGAUGGCCAAAGAGCCCACAAUGGUCCAUUGUUGGCUGUGGAGGAGGUGAUAACAAGGGGAUACAAACAGUAAAACUGUCAGGAUGUCUAGGGUUGUGAAGGGACAGAGAGAGAGAGAAAGCAAGGGUUACUUGAAAUUAGAGAAAUCAAUAUUCAUAUUGCUGGGUUGUAAGAAGCCCUAGUGAAAUAUGAGUUGCUGUUCCUCUAAUUUGCGUGUGGCCUUACUCUGACUGUAGAGGAAGCCCAGGACAGAAAGGUCAGUAUGGGAACGGGAAGGGGGGUUAAAAUGUUUGGCAAACGGGAUAUCCAUUCACAUUUUCUUAAUCACGGUUAAUUACAUACAGUUGCACAUGCUUUAAAAAACUGAGAAGUCAUCCUGUGAAAUAUUUACCAGAAAGAAAAUGAUCUGUGAAAUGUUUUUAGCCCAUCUUUUGCUCUUAACGUCAAAAUACAUAACCAUAUCUGUGCACUAUAUUCCUUUUUGUGCAUAACUAUAUUUUAUAUUGAAAUAACUUUUUUUUUUCAACAUAAAGCAUUUACCAACUAACGCAUUUUAUUUUUAAUUAUAAAAUCAUGCUCCUCAAUAAAUAAUAGUUAAUUAAGGUAAAUCAAUACAGAUGUGCCGACUACAUCAUUAAAAAUGUAAUACAUACCAUUAUUGACAUCGAUUGUUAGGCAGCAGCAAGAUUACAAUUUGCAUUUUUAUAAUUCAGUAUGCUAAUUAAAACAAAUAAUUCCCUAUCCAUUGAGGAGAAUCUUUAAGAUGUAAAAUUUGUUGAUGUGUCAUCAAAAUGGGGUGGGGCAGCAGUUUAAAAAAAAUCUAAAUAGAUGGUCUGAGCACACAAAAGCAGUUAUAUACCAUUUGCGUCUGAAACAUCUGUUAUGAAUGUCAUUUAUGAGUGUGAUACACGGGAUAAUCUUUCACUAAUAUUCCAAUGAAUAUUGAAAGAUUCAUUAAUAUCCAUAGAUUUAAUCCUGUUUAAUUCAACAAAAAUAUUAUUUUAUCGUCCUGUCAAUAAUCAUUGGUUAUCAAUUCCUGGGAGCACUUCUUUUGUAUCAGUUCAAGGAUGUAUUUUACCAUUAAAUUAUUUUAAAGUAAGUUUAUUACAUAAUUCGACAAAAAAAAAAUUCAAUAUUUACUAGUUAACCAUUCGAACCCGAGUGCUGUUGUUGAUAAGCGUGACAUUUGAAGAACAAGUAGUAAUCUCCUUAGUCCUCACUUAUGAACCUAUGGUGUAGGUAAAAAUAAGCAUUUUUGUAGUUUGUAAUCUAUUAAAUGAAAUUAUUCUGUACACUAGCUGGGAUAAAAGUUUUUUUUAGUUUUGAUUUGAAGUGCCAAUUUCACACUACGAAAAGAUUUAAUUGCUGUACCAGAUUUUAUGAUAAAACUCCUAAUGAGACUUUCGCACUGAGAUCACCAUUGUGAUCAUGUAAAUUAGAUAGCAACUUCCAACAACCACAUACUUCCAGAUAAUAAAUGGAUAAACCCAGAGCUGCUCAGAAAUUCAUUUUUCAAUUACAUGGAUUGGCAAGAAGUAUUUAACAGAAGUAUAAACUUCAAGCAGCAGACGUAUACUUGCCAAAAUUACCGGAAAGGUUUAGUAGUGUCCAUUUCCAGUGAAUGUACUCUUUUGAUUAUAUUACAUCUUAACUGCUGCCAAACAAUCACUUUGGUACUAAAAUUAAAAUGCAACAAGUGUGGAGUCUCAUUUCCUCAGAUUUGAAUUAAUGGAUAUCUUUAACCAUUUUCUCUUUCUAUGUGAUAUCUUUCGCUUCUUGAGCCAUUCUUGUCCCCAAUUCAUUUCUGUACCUGACAACAUGAAUGUUCAAUAAUUUCCUUGUUCAGCAUACUUAAUUUUCAUUAACAGUGGAUUGGUUAUGGAGGUGUGCGGCAUGCUGUUAUGUUCAUACGUUUCAGAUCCUCUACAGAGGGCACUGUGAUAGUUUAGUAACAGGAACUAUGAUUAUAAAAUCAUGGGAAGGGCAAAUGUAAUAAGUGAUGGGUACCAAUUAUUUACCACUAACUACAGAAUUUGGCCGAGUGAUGGCUUCUGAUUAACUUCUUUCUUACAUUCCAGCAAUCAGUUUGCAUUACACAUUUAUCUAAAUAGAAUAUUGUUUUUUCUUUUGUAUGAAACAUUAAACCCAAACCCCUAUCGGUACACAUAUAAUGUACUAGCACAUGGUUUCUUGCCAAUAUUUAUUCCUUAUUUUGUAUUGCCAAGAUAGAUUUUCCAGUCAACAUUAUAGUACUGUUUGUGGGUGCUCGUAGUAUUUGAUCAUUACUAGAUUCCAAGUUUAGUUUUAGUUUGGUUUAGUUUAUUGUACAGUGAAAAACUUUUUUGUUGCAUGUUCUCCAGUCAGCGUGUUUGGUGGAAGCACAACACAACAUCAAUUCAAAAUCAUAUUUAUCCUUUAAAAACAGAAGAGUAGGAUAUAUAGGAGACCUACAUUGCUAACACCCUUGUGCUCUGACUGAAAUUUGCAAUUUUGCACAAAGCUGAUAUUUUAAGAAAAAAAACAGAACAUCAUUACAGAAGAAGGAAAGAUCAUGUUUGCUGGGACAUAACUUUUGGUUUUAUAUUACAUUAUUUUUAGUUCACAUCAGUUACAACUCUAUAUUAAAAGAAAUGAAGAAAUUGCUGAAUAUUAGCAUUAACUAACUUUUUCUUUGUUCAAAAAAACAAUCUCUUCCUCAAAGCAUUGAAUGAAAGAGAAGCAACAGUUUAGUUCAUUAUUGCAUAAUUCUGAUCUAAUAUUGCUGUGCUUUAAACUCAUGAGUAAGGUUAGUAUUUUUGUUUGAGUUUGCAACUAACUUUAAGGAGGAUGUUGUUAUUGUUCAAGCAAAAGAGCUGAACAUAUAAUGUUGUCAAAUGGAUAUGAUUGAUUUAGCUGAAUAAGUUAAAAACAAGUUGAAUAAAGAUAUAGAUGAAACCUGAAUUUUAUUAACAAUGUUUAACAUAUCUUAUUAAGUAAUAUCUCACUUAAAACCUGUCAUGAAGCCAUAUUUAGAAUCUUAAUUUUCUGCUUGUAUUAUAUGUUGAAUUAUUGAACACAUUUUAUUAUUCACCAAAGAGCACCAAUAAUUUGGAAUAAAAUAUUUACAU